AUGAGAAACCUGAUUGAUCUCGCAGCAGCUGCUUGGCGUCACGCCGGUGUGAGGCCAGUCACCUUCCAGCUGAUCUCUGCGAUCGGCGUCGUCGGGCGCUACGCCGUUGAUUCCGACAAUAUGGAAAUCCCCGAGCAUCGCGUGCCCAUGGCGGCGGCUCUUCCGCUGGGCUACUGCGAAGCCAAGUGGAUAUGCGAGCGGCUCUUGGAUCAAACGCUGCACCGCCAGCCGGCGCGUUUCCGGGCCAUGGUGGUGCGCCCGGGACAGAUUGCGAGAAGUCGGGAGAACGGGUAUUGGAAUCCAACGGAGCAUUUCGCAUUCCUCGUCAAGUCAUGUCAGUCGCUGCAGGUCCUUCCGGCGUUGCAGGGCAGACUGCAAUGGGUGCCCGUUGAAGAUGUCGCGGCGACGGUGGUAGAGCUUGGGCUGCGCGAGGGCACAGUGUACCCCGUCUACCACGUCGACAACCCCGUGGGCCAGCCGUGGGAUGCCAUGCUUCAGACACUGGCGCUGGAAUUGGGAAUAUCCGAAAUCGUUCCGCUCCGGGACUGUGUGCGCAGAGUGAGACACAGUCCGCUGUCCAUGGAGACAGAGAAUCCAGCCUUAAGACUCAUCGACUUCCUAGCCGAUAAUUUUGAGCGCAUGUCGUGUGGAGGACUGGUACCAGGUACGACGCAGACGAGACAGCACUCGGUGACAUUGGCGGCGCUGGGGCCAGUGCCCGAAGAGCUGGCGAGGAAAUACGUAAGGGCAUGGAAGCGCAGUGGCUUUCUGGCUUGCUAA